UUAGUAUUUAGUAUUUAGUAUUUAGUAUUUAUUUCAUUCAAACUUAACGUAAGCCUGUCGGUUAUACCAUUUUUCAGGUCAAGGAAACAACAAUUGAUAUUGCAACUUUUAGAAAAUAACAAUUACCUAGGUAUUAAAAGUUAAAAAAAAAUUUGACUGUCAUGUAAAAUAGGGCUAGUUUAAUUAAUAAUGGUAUGCACUGAAAGCGCAGAUUUGAAUGCGCCUAUCGUUGGUAGCUGUCUGGUCCUCAGAGGAAGUUGAUUCCAGAGAAUUGCACCCGCAAUCAUGACGCUCUUUCGUUUCGAUGUGGUGUGAUGGGGGAUCACAAAACUGCGCGCUCGUUCUUGUUGCCCUUUUCUGAGGUGCUGUUAAUUCCGGGAAUUUCCAAGAGAUUCCCCUCCCCCAGCAACAUGGCGACAAAACUCUAUCAAAGAUGCUGCCGGAUUUGUAUGGAUGACGCCAAAAAGCAGAUAGACGUGUUAUCGGACGAGACUUUGGUGGAAACGCUUCAGCAGUUGUACAACGUAAGGGUGGACAAGAAUGACCGGAUCACCAAGAAAAUCUGUGUUGACUGUGUUCAGGAGGCGAAAGAAACGCAGAAAUGGUUGAACUUCUACGAGGAACAGAAAAAACUGAUUAAUGAGAAUCAGCGUAUUUAUAACGAAGAAUUGAUUAGUCAGCUAGGGCCGGAAACGACCGAUUCGCCAUCGCUUUCAGCCACUUCGACUAAGACUGGUCGGGCCUCUAGGACAAGGAACGCUUCGCGUCGAAUUGAAGACGACGAUGAUGAGGAAAUCAAGGGAGAAAAAGAUGAAGAUUUCAUUCCGCGCAAGUCUCCAAGGAUGAUCAAAAAGGAAGGCGUCAGUACUCGUAGGAACAUCAAGCGAGAGUGGAUUCCCUCGGACGGAAGUGAGCGUGGAUCGACAACGACAACUCCGACAGAGCAUGAAACGGAUGAUGAUGAACAUGAAGAGGAAGCCUCGGAAACGGGAACCAGCACAUCCGACGGGGAGCUUAAAUGUCCAAAAUGUGAAAAAGUAUUCUCAGAAAUUGACCAGCUGGAGCGACACAACUGCGAGUUUAUUUGUAAUAUCUGCAGUGCAACGGUCAAGUACAGACACAGCCUUAAGCGUCAUAUGAUAACGGUGCACAAGAUAAAAGCUAGUCAGUGGGAAGAUUAUUGGAAUCCUACGGGAGAUCUGCAAGGCGAUUCCCUUCUGGUUGAAACAUCCAAGCCUAAGAAAAGAUAUCGCUAUGAAAGCGAUUCACCAACUGAUAUGGAGGAGGAUUCAAACACUGACGAAAACGAAGCAGAUAAGGAUUUAGUUUGUAAUCAUUGUGGCGAUAAGUUUUAUUCAACUCAGGAAAUGAAGAAUCACGAUUGUGACUAUGGAUGUAACAUUUGUGGGACAAAGUUUGCUUCGCGAACCAGCGUCAGGAGGCACAAGAUUCGUUUGCACAACAUAGACCCGAAUGAUCCGUCGGUUGCUCCACGUUCUCGUGCAACGUCGACAACUCCUGCAGCAUCUACAUCUCGGCCCCCUUCAAGACCUCCUUCAAGGGCUGGCUCGGAAAACUCAGAUGAUGAACCACUGGCUUCAUUGGCCUCUGACGACUUGAGGUAUAGAUUUUUCUGUCCAAGUUGUGAUUAUUCCAGUUAUAAGAGGAGUACCAUCACUACCCAUUUGAUUACGUUCCACAAUACACGCAAGGAACUUAUCGAUGUACAAUCGAUUCCCAAAAAGUUCGUUCCCAAAACGAGUACUUUUACUCGUGCAAAAACACCAGUCCCUGAAACAGCUCCUGCUCGUGCAAAAACUCCCACAGUUUUCGAGUCAACCAAUCGAUCGAAAACUCCUAGCCCUGUUGAGUCAGCUCCCAUCCGUUCAAAAACUCCUGAACCAGUGAAAACUUAUCGUCCACCAAGCACAACCCCACAUAAAGCUCAACCGCAAACCAUUGCUACCAAAAACCAUCAACCCGUGGCCCAAAUUUUCCCUACCCAACACCGCAGUCGCUCUAGAUCGAUUCAUCAAGAUUCGCAAAACAGCAGCAAACGCAAGCGAUCUUAUUCCUCGUGCUCCAACAAAUCAUCCCGGUCCGUUAGAUCUCGCUCCAAUCCUCCAUCAGAUCGCCAAAUUCUCACCGCAAAACGACGCCUAUCGCCAUCCCGUGCCUUGACCAGUGUACAUGAAAAGUUUCGCCCAACGGUUACCGGAAUACAGUCCAAUCGACUGUUUGUUUCGAUCCGUCAAGGCUGCGAACUCACUCAGCAAGGACAGCCAAUCCGUUUUCGUGCUUCCUCGUAUCUGCUGCAGGAUUCAUGCCCGACGAAACGCCUGUUUAAACUCAGAGCCCCCGUGGGAACCGAACGGCAACAGGUGCAAAGUCUGCGGGGAAUAUUCAACAAGUUGUCGCACCAGAUCAGCAACCAUUCCAAGGUUAAUGAAAUCGACGUGGAUUCGCUGGUGCUGGACUAUAUUCAUCCGCCUGCUGUUACUAAGGUCGACGAUCCACUGGAUAAGACAAGCUUCGAAAUCCGCGAACUGGAUUCGGAUGAACCUGCGCAACUGGUAGUAGUUGAAACUCCGAUUCCGGACGAGACAAAUGACGACGAUGCUGAGCCCCAGUUGGUAAUUGUCACUGAGGACAAUGGUCAGACUGUGGAGGUAGAUGGCGGAGGCUCAGCUGAUGUGAACCCUAUCGAAAUGGCAGCAUCCGAUCGUGAAGAGAAGGGUGACGAUGGGAAUGGACCUGCUGUAGAAUCCAUGGAUGUCGAUGACGCGAAUCAGGAAACAGAAGACACCAACGAGGAAACGGCAGAUCCCAUUGCCGAGGCACCCGAAGAAAAGGAACCGGAAAGUCCGGACAGCCAGCAGGAAGGACAUGAUGAAAACGUUUCCAUUACUCCCGAUUGAGUGCGCUUCAAGAUUAUUAGUGUUAGGUAUGGCGAUACCUAUUAUUGUAUCAAUUGUAAGCUUCGAAUAACAGAUGAAUAAUUUAGAAUAAAAUGAAGCAUCAUUUAAGGAA